AUGUGCGCGCCUGUGCCUUGGGGGCUGGAUUCUCUUCCUGAGUCCCAGGAGAAGCUGAACAAGCUCCUAGCCAUGGAAGACGCUCUGGAGCCAGGAGUGCAACCUCUGGGGGUCCCCAGCCCAAACUUUCCUCCUGGGGAACUGCAGAGAGAAAAGCCAGCCCAGGACCCGCUAUACGACACGCCCAAUGCCAGUGGGGAACAGGCAGGUGGGCCCCAGCGACCAGCACGAGCCGUGAGCCUGCGGGAGCGCCUUCUGCUCACCCGGCCAGUUUGGCUGCAGCUGCGGGCCAAUGCUGCCGCUGCACUGCAUGUACUGAGGACGGAGCCCCCAGGGACAUUUCUGGUGCGGAAAUCUAACACCCGCCAGUGCCAGGCCCUGUGUGUGCGGCUGCCAGAGGCCAGUGGCCCCUCCUUUGUCUCCAGCCACUAUAUCCAGGAGAGUCUAGCUGGCAUCUCCUUGGAGGGCUCAGAGCUCAUGUUCCCGGACCUUGUCCAGCUCAUCUGCUCCUAUUGCCACACCCGGGACAUCCUUCUCCUCCCACUCCAGCUCCCCAGAGCCAUCCACCAAGCAGCCACCCACAAGGAGCUAGAGGCUAUCUCCCAUCUGGGCAUUGAGUUCUGGAGCUCCUCUCUCAACACCAAGACUCAGCAGAGCCCAUCUGAAGCCCCGCUGUUGCCCCGGCUGAAGGCUCGCUCCCCUCAGGAGCUGGACCAGGGCACCGGUGCCGCCCUCUGCUUUUUCAACCCCCUGUUCCCAGGGGACCUGGGCCCCACCAGGCGUGAGAAAUUCAAGAGGAGCUUCAAAGUGCGUGUGUCCACAGAGACCUCCAGCCCCUUAUCUCCACCUGCCGUGCCACCUCCCCCAGUCCCUGUGCUGCCAGGGGCAGCCCCUAGCCACACAGAAAGGCUGCCUCCUCACCAGCUGCUGCGGAGGGAGAGCUCUGUAGGGUACCGUGUGCCAGGGGGAGCAGGCCCUAGCCUCCCACCUCUGCCCUCCCUCCAGGAGGUGGACUGCGGCUCCCCCAGCAGCUCUGAGGAGGAGGGGCCACCCAGGUCCCAGCAGCGGAGCCCUGCAACCUCCCCCCACCUGGGCCGGAGACACCAUCGGAGGCCUCUGCUUCGGUCUAUGAGCGCUGCCUUCUGCUCCCUGCUGGCACCUGAGCGGCAGGUGGGCCGGGCCGCAGCAGAGCUGAUGCAGAACAGACACAUAGCAGUCGGUCAGCUGGUGCAGGACCUACUGACCCAGGUUCGGGCCAGUGCCGAGCCCCAGGAGCUGCAGAGCAUCCGCCAGGUGCUAAGCCGGGCCCGGGCCAUGCUGAGCGCGGAGCUGGGCCCGGAAAAGCUGCUGCCGCCUGAGAGGCUAGAACACGUGUUGGAGAAGUCGCUGCAUCGCUCUGUACUCAAGCCUCUUCGGCCUGUCUUGGCCGCCCGCCUGCGCCGCCGCCUUUCCACAGAUGGCUCCCUUGGCCGCCUGGCUGAGGGCCUUCGCCUGGUCCGGACCCAAGGCCCUGGAGCCUUCGGGAUUCACCUGAGCCUGCCCUCCCCGGUGGAGACAGAGCAAGUACGCCAGAAGCUACUGCAACUUCUCCACACCUACUCACCCAGUGCCCAGGUCAAGCGGCUCCUGCAGGCCUGCAAGUUGCUCUACACGGCUUUGAGGACCCAGUCAGGGGAGGGGGCAGGGGCUGAUGAGUUCCUGCCACUGCUAAGCCUUGUCUUGGCCCAGUGUGACCUUCCUGACCUCCUUCUGGAAGCUGAGUACAUGUCUGAGCUGUUGGAGCCUGCUCUGCUCACUGGAGAGGGUGGCUACUACCUGACCAGCCUCUCGGCGAGCCUGGCCCUCCUAAGUAGCCUGGGCCAGGCCCAGGACCUCCCCCUGAGUCCCUCGCAGGAACUGCAGCGCUCCCUGAGCCUCUGGGAGCGGCGCCGCCUGCCUGCUACCCACAGCCUCCAGCACCUCCUCCGAGUAGCCUACCAGGACCCCAGCAGUGGUUGUACCUCCAAGACGCUAGCUGUGCCCCCAGGGGCUUCGGUCGCCACCCUGAGCCAGCUCUGUGCUACCAAGUUCCGAGUGACCCAGCCUGACGCUUUCAACCUCUUCCUGUACAAGGAACAGGGCUACCACCGCCUGCCCCCCGGAGCCCUGGCCCAUAGGCUUCCCACAGCUGGCUACCUUGUCUACCGCCGAGCAGAGUGGCCUAAGACCCAAAGGUCCACAACAGAGGAAGCAGGCAGUGGGCAGCAAGAGACAGGGAGCCAUGAGGAGGAGAAAGGGGGCUGUGGAGAUGGGGAUGUGGAGGUCAAAGCCAGCUCCAGGGACAGUGGGGGAGAAUCUGAGACAACCACUCAGGAAGAUGAGGGUUUGGCCAGGGGAGGCCAUCUGCAGCCAGGGGAAUCAGAGGCCAAGGGCAGCCAGGCCACAGAGGAGUAGCUGGAAGAGGCUAGAAGGGCUGGGGCAGGAACCUUUGAACUUGCAGGGAAGGUUUUCAGAGACUUCGACCCCACCCACCAAGGCUACAGUGUCCUUGGCCAUUCACACCCUAGCCUUCUGCUGUGUCUCCCACCUCCUACCUCCAUGAGCCCACAUGCUGGGAAGCUGAGGUCUGGCCAUAUUAAGGGAUGGGAUAAAGUUGAGGGGAGCUUGGGAAUCCCCAGAUUCUGUGCCUCUUCUUCCCCAGC